AUGGACGUCAAAAAGGAACCCGUACCUCCCAAGAAGAACGCCGCGAAGAAACGCAAGGCCGACGACGAUCUCGAAAAGGACAACACCAAGUAUCAGAAACGAGCUUGGACCAACGAAGAGGAAGCGAUCUUCCUCGAACUCGUCAAGAAGGCCGUGACUGACAACAUGUGGGCGUUGGCGAAAGCGGAUGGGAGGUUGGUUCAUCGGGGAAGCGAUGGGAUCAAGGCGCACGUCAAGGCUCUGAUCCGCAAGAUGUCUUGA